UACCUUUUGUCAACCCUUUCCUAGAGUUUGCUUGAUUGUGCCUAUCUACUGGCGCAAGGAUGGCAGAAAAGCCGGCGGAGAAAAGGUCCCGUCGAGGGCUGUUGGGUGCUGUGUUUGGUAAACGUGGCUUGUGGUCCAAGAAAUGUACCGCGGAUAAGGGUAACCAAAAAAGCACAACGAGUAGCAGCAUUGCCUCCACAGACUGCACCGCUAAUAUUCAGUUCACCAAAUCUCCAGGAACUGAAUUAAAUCCAAAUAAGCUUCAACAAGAUCAUAAAGUCUCACCUGAACCGAUACAGAAACCUAUUUCAAAACCCUCAUCGAAUCAAAACUCUAGUAACCAUCAGUUAGGCAACAAUGGGAACUACCAACAGAUUAAUAAUCAAUGGCCGGUCCAACAACAAGCGAAGAAGGUGCCAAGGGAAUCUAUCGGUUUAUCGGGUGAGCUAGAGUGUAUGAUCAACGACAAUCAGAAAGCCAAAGGGAUUCGAGCAUCUUCAAGCAAUGUGAUGUUUGGCAACCUUGGGAACUUGAAGCAGCCAGGAACAGCAGCGGUCGGGAACCAAACCACUGUUCAGAACAGAGGAUACGGUAAUACCGGUGGAAGCUACGGGGUGAGGAAUACAAUGAAAGAGGAAAGACAAACAUCGGUUUCGAGUAACCAAGAUCAGCCAGGAUCUUUGUGUAGGGCGAUAUCCACGCGAAUGGACCCCGAGACAUUAAAGAUAAUGGGGAAUGAAGAUUACAAGAACGGGAACUUCGCAGAGGCGUUAGCGUUGUACGAUGCUGCUAUAGCCAUCGAUCCAAAAAAGGCUGCGUACCGAAGCAACAAAAGUGCGGCGUUAACAGCAUUAGGGAGAAUCAUUGAAGCAGUAUUUGAGUGUAGAGAAGCAAUUCGAAUGGAGCCUCAUUACCAUAGAGCUCACCAUCGGUUGUCUAACUUGUACCUCAGGUUAGGAGAGGUUGACAAUUCGAUAUAUCAUGUUAAGCAUUCGGGUCCAGAAGCUGAUCAAGAAGACAUUUUAAAGGCCAGAACGGUACAGACUCAUCUCAACAAAUGCACGGAAGCCAAAAGAUUACGAGACUGGAAAACUCUGAUCAAAGAAACGGAGAACACCAUAGCUUCAGGGGCCGACGCAGCUCCUCAAGUAUAUGCAUUGCAAGCAGAGGCAUUCUUGAAGAGUUACAGACAUCAAGAGGCUGAUGAUGCUUUGUCUAGAUGUCCGGUUUUCGAUGUGGAAAUGAGCACAAAAUACUACGGACCGAUCGGUUACGCCGGUUUCUUGGUCGUUUGGGCUCAGGUUCACAUGUCAUCCGGCAGAUUUGGAGAAGCAGUUGAGGCGAUUCAACGAGCUAACAAGCUGGACAGGAACAACAGGGAAGUAAGCAUGGUUCUCCGGCGUGUGCAGGCGGUCACAGCCGCCAGAUCAAAAGGCAAUGAUUUCUUCAAAGCUGGACGGUUUCAAGAAGCUAGCGCAGCUUAUGGUGAAGGGUUAGACCAUGACUCUAGAAACUCAGUCUUGCUAUGUAACAGAGCAGCUUGUCUAUCCAAAAUGGGACAGUUCCAUAGAGCCCUAGAGGAUUCCACGGCUGCACUCACCGUCCGUCCUGCGUACACCAAGGCUCGACUGAGAAGAGCCGACUGUAACGCUAAGCUUGGGAACUGGGAAGCAGCUAUUGGAGACUACGAGAUACUGAGAAAAGAGACACCAGAAGACGAGGAAGUACUCAGAGCAUUGUCGGAGUCUAAGAUGCAGCUAGUGCAACGCCGUGGACAUGACUCUUGAAAUGUCCCGGCGAU